UGAGGCAAUGAGGCUUUGAGCUUACAACGAUUAGUCAUGCAGCUAAGAAAUCCUGACCUCUUGCUCAACUCCAGACGAGCGGCGUUACAGCCACCGUACGCAGAUUGGUUGUCAUAUCAGAAUGAUUGUAUUGCCGGUGGUUAAAUAAUGUGUAUGCAUUCAAAGAUGACUGGUAUUGCUUGGUAUUACUGGUCUAGGCGAAUGCUCGAUCAGUCGUUGUCGCGCGGCGAGACCAAGUGAAUCCUCAGCCGCUGACCGUGGAAGGGUAAGCGCCAACCGGCUGUUCAACCCUAGGUGGGAUGUUGAAGCUGUACAAUAUUAUAUAAAAAAGCUCUGCCUUCAUGCAGUUUGGUUUCUAAUUUCUAUUCAUUUUCUGUCUCAGCUGUUAUUUGUAACUCGUUCCUGUUUGACUAUUCACUGUAUUUUUCAUGGAACGAGCGCUUGAAAAAUUGAACGAGCCCAUUGAUUACACAGAGCGUGCAUUUGGUAAGUACCAGGUAUUGCGGACUUAAAUAUGGCUGUACCACCAUCUCCCGGCCUCGGCAAGUUUAGCAAGAGGUUCAACAAGAUGGCUCCCCCUCCUUCUCCUCCUUCCUGCGACUCUAGCAGCGACGAUUCCUCUGACGAUGAGCAUCAAAGAGUUAAGAGGCAAGGACCUGGAGGAAAUAUUGUGUUUGUUCCAGCAGUGGAUGUUAAAAAGUCCAAGCACAUCUCCCCUCAAGAUGCGAUAGAUGAAUUCUGGGUCAAAUUUAAUAGCAAGACACCAGGAAAAGGUAUGCUAUGAACAAAGUACUUCUGAAAUUAUAACACAAAUACUGAUUUAAGCCUGAAAUCUAGCUUCCACUGUCUUACCAAAGAACUUAUACACAACAAAAGCUGGUAAGAAGGCAUCCAAGCCUGUCACGAGAGGCAAGAAUGCCGUCGCAUCAUAUGAAGAAGCGGCAGCACUAUGCAAAGCAAAAGUUGCAAAAAUCGUCAAAGAAUGUCGUCGAGUAAAUCAAAAAUAUCGCGAUCCGCACUUCGAUAUUGAGUUCGAUUUGAAGUGGGGAAAAGGAGAUUGUCUGCAAAUGCUCGAGAAUACAAGCGAGAAAUUAACUCCAACAUUUAGUCCUGGCUCCGUCAAAAGAGUCGGUGAUAUAUUCGACAAUCCUCAAUUUUAUGUCAGCGGAGCCACAGCAAAUGAUAUCAGACAAGGACGUGAUGGUGAUUGUUGGUUUAUGGCAGCUCUUUGCACAUUGGGAAAUAAGCCUGGCUUGAUUGAAAAAGUUUGUGUUGCCAGAGAUGAGAAUAUUGGUGUUUAUGGAUUCGUGUUCCAUCGAGAUGGAGAGUGGAGAUCUGAGAUCAUUGAUGAUAAGCUUUAUUUGACAAAGCCUGAUUACGAUGAAAGUUGGAUUGAACGUAACCUCAUCGAAGAUCGUCAGCGUAUCAAUUCCGAAGAAGAUUAUCGCAAGAUUUAUCAAAGUAACUCUGGUGCAUUAUACUUUGCGCAGUGCGAAGAUCCAAAUGAGACUUGGUUACCGUUGCUAGAAAAGGCAUAUGCAAAGGCUCAUGGGGUAAGUCUACGGACACGAAUUAAGGAAAAGUCAUUCACUAACAAAUCACAGGAUUAUGCCGCCAUUGAAGGGGGUUUUACGGGUGAAGGGCUUGAGGAUCUUACUGGUGGUGUUACAACCGAAAUCUUCAGCACCGAUAUUCUCGACAAGGAAUACUUCUGGAAAGAAGAAUUGUUGAAGGUUAAUAAAGAUUUCUUAUUCGGUUGUGCUGCCGGUAUUUUCUGCGGUCGUGGCUAUAGAAAAGGUAUUUAUGAAGGCCAUGCAUAUUCAGUUCUACGAGCUGUGGAGAUGGAUGGGCAGCGACUCGUCUUGCUAAGAAAUCCAUGGGGCGAGGGUGAAUGGAAGGGGGCAUGGAGUAAGUCAGACUUCUCAUUCGUACAUAUCUAUAGUUCUGACACGUGCUAGGUGAUGGAAGCAAAGAGUGGACACCAGAAUGGAUGAAGAAACUUGAGCAUCGCUUUGGAGAUGAUGGUUCAUUCUGGAUGUCCUAUGACGAUCUUCUCAAAAAAUUUCAAACUUUCGAUCGCACAAGACUUUUCACGGAAGAAUGGAAGGUUACGCAAUCAUGGGCCUCUAUGGAAGUUCCAUGGACUGUCAGUUACCAUGAUACCAAAUUUUCUUUCACUCUCGACAAUGCAGCGCCUGUUAUGAUUGUUCUCUCUCAACUCGACAGCCGUUAUUUCUGUGGACUCGAAGGACAAUAUCGUUUUGAAUUAUCUUUCCGUAUACACCAGGCUGGUGAAGAAGAUUACAUUGUUCGAAGUCAUGGCAAUUAUUGGAUGCGUCGCUCUGUUACCGCUGAACUUGAACUUCCAGCUGGUGAAUACGAUGUCUUGAUGAAAGUUAAAGCCUUCAAAGACGGCAGCUCCUUACCAGUAGAAGAUGUUGUUCGUAAUAACGCCAAAAAACGUCGUGAUAAGCUUUCCCGUAUCGGUCUUUCUUAUGAUUUAGCUCAUGCCAAGGGAAUUGUCAAAGAGACUCCGGAAGAGAAGAAGGCUAGAAAAGAAGCCGAGGAAAAGAGAAAGAAUAAGGCGAGGAAAGAAGUCAAGGAGAGAUUGAUGAAGGAAAAGAAGAAAAGGGUUCAUAAUGAAAACAAGGAGAAACGCAAAAUUCAAGAGAAGAAAAUCAAACGUAUGGCUAAGGCCAAAACUAAGAAAGCCAAGAAGGCAGCUCAGAAAUCAGCUGAAAAGGAAGCCAAAAGGACAAUUGAACAUGUUGCUAGGGUGUUUUCGGAACAAAGUGCGAAAGAAGCUGGUGAUACGGACCCGAAGGCUGAAGUAAAGGUUGUGGAAGGUAAAUUCAUUGGAACUGAAGCCAAAGAUAAUGGAAAGACAGAGUCCGACGUCACAUCAUCUGAUCAAGCAUCAGACACUGAGAAACCAGCGAUAAUCGAUGUAGCCACGUCGGAGGGGCGUGCAAACACGACGACUAUCGGUGUACCUGCUAAUACAGAAACUGGUAGCAAAUCAAAAGAAGACAAAAUCAUUCAACUCAAGGCCAUAAAUGUCGAUUUCAGAUCAGCUCUAGCCACCAAUCCAUCUGCAUCGGUCUCCACAUCAACCACAGUCACUCAUCCGCCUAAAGUUCCUAUCGACGAGUCAGACGACUCAGACGACUCAGAUGACUCAGAUCUCGAAUCCAUAUGUUCUGACAUAUCUGACAUUAGUGUUGGAGUCCUCGACGAUAUAAUCGAGGCGGAAAACAAAGCAAUUCCACCUCCACCGACCACUAAUUCCGAAGAAGAAGAUGAAUUUGAGAAGGAUCCAUGGAAUGCGGUUUUGGUUGUCGGACUUAGGGUUUAUAGUAAGGAGAGCGCGGUGACGGUUAGGGUUAAGAGAGAGAGAAAGUGGGAGGAACCGCUGAAGAAAAAGAAGAAGAGAGAUAUUAUGGGUGAGGAGAUGAGUAGUGAUGAAGAUGAGGAUGAGGAUCCUAUGGAAGUUGGGGAGAAAAAGUUGGAUGUGGAUGAUUCGGCGGCUGAUGCCGCAGAUAAGGCGGUUGAAUUUGUGGUGGAUACUCCGAUUGAGGAGAGGAUGAUCCCGAUUGAAGAAGAUGGUGAAGGGAAGGAUAAUGAUAGUGAGAGUUCUUCGGUUGUCGUUGUUUAAAAAUUCCAUGGUGGUUUUGUUGGUAUCCUGGGUGGGAUAGAUUGGGAUAGGCAUGGGCAUUUGAGAUGGAGAAUGGUUUUGAUUUUCAGUGUGGUUACUGGAUUCGGUGCACUGAAAUGGUGUCGAUUUGCUUUAAUGAUUCCCCCUUUAUUUUAAUGGUGCGUUUAUUUGGGCUUCGCGAUGGAUGAUAGGCU